GUGCUUGCGCGCGCGCGCGGCCGGCGGCAGUCGGCAAACCGCCCGGGCGGGCGCCACACGACCGGAGUCUGCGCAAGCGACAGGCGAUGCGACUUGUAGAUAUUUCAGUGAAAUAAUAACGUAUCCGCCAACGAACAGGAACACGCAAGCGCAAGAUUCUGUGAAUCCAAUACGAGUAAAGUAAACGAGUCUCGUGUGCAGGGGACGAAGACUGGCGGCGCACAACGAGAGAGCGAUAUAGGGGGUUCAGGAGACCCCUUCAACGAAACGAAUCGAGAUAGGCGCUGAACAAGUCCUCACUUGUCAGCCCCUCGACAUAUUAUAGUAAUCGCUCUGUCUGUCAGGCUAGAUCCUGCACCGCUCUUGAAAAAGUCGAAACCUCGAAAACACACCCCCUAUCAGUGGCCAAGAUAGGGGGUCCCUUAGAAAUAUAAAUAAAUAAUAUAUGCAUAUAAAAUAAUAAUAAAUCUGCAGUAAUAGAUCUCUAACGUGACGUCACAAUUAUAAAUUGUGAUAAUUUAUUAUUAUUAACUGUAUUAAGCUUUGUUGUUUGUGUAUUUCGCAUUUGUACAUUGCUUGUGUAUAAAAGAGAAAUUGUUGUUUUUUUAUUCGCCUAUUAAUUUUAUGUAGAUAAAGUUUUUAACCAAAAUAUUAUUUAUCGACAUUUUGUAACUAUAAUACUAGUCAUUGAUCUAGUGUAUUUAUAUAAUUAUUAAUAUACAUAAAUCAAAUAUUUAAAAACAUAACAUUAAAAAAAUAUUUACAAAAUAAAAAAAAAAACUUAAGUUUCUUAGAAAAAGAAGAAAUCUUACGUAGGGAUUGCCAAAGAGUAAAGAAAUCGUAAAAAACUGUAAAUAGUGGUGUUAUAAAAAUCGGCAAAAUGCAAACUCAAAUCGGCGUGGGCGAACUGCAGAGGAGCUACAGGGUGCAGAACUUCUCCACCCCCGGCGUCAUCAUGAGAGAGCGGAGCUUCAUACGGCCACAGUCACAUCACAACAUGCAUCAUAACCAGUUUCCAAACAAUGGGAAACGUCGGAGUAUGAUUCUGACUAACGCUAAAGGGAAACCGACGCUCGAAAUCUACAGACCCCCAGACGGCGUGGCGCCGGCGGGAGCGGGAGCGGGAGCGGGCGCGGGAGCGGCUAACGCCCCCACCACGCCGGGUUCUGUCAACAAACUGAAUGUGCACGCGAAGGAGUUCACCAUGGCUAAGCCCGCUGACCAGCACAAUAGGCCGGUGAUAGGCGUGGGGUACACGAGCGUGGGGUUGCAGCACUCGCGGUCGGCGGUGCUGCAUGCGCAGGUGCCGCCGCACUACCGCCCCGUGCUGCCGCCGCACGCGCUGCUCACCAGCGCCUCGAGCGGCAACGUGCCGCACGCGCAGGUUGGACCACGCGUGCACUUCAAAUUGCAGCCACAGCAGAUCAUAAAUGAAAAGAAGAAAUCCCCGCCUUCCUCGUUAACAAAUGGCAAUGGCAAGAGCGUCAGGCCUCAGUCCUUCACGCCAGGACUCAAACGAUCUAAGUCUCUCACAUCGGCAGAUACCCUUGCCAGUGGUAUGGCCGCUUUGGGUCUGGCCGCGGAUGCCGGUGACCUUGGCAAUUUUCCGCCUGAGAUACAAGAGUGCAUUGACAAGGCACUGGAAGGUGAGAAAAAUGAUCCGAACGCUGUGUGUGCUCGGACACUGAUGGACGCCGUGGGGCACCUGGUGUCCCGCGCCGUGGAGUCUCCCAGAUACGCGCUGCCGGCCGCGCGCCGCUGCAUCGCGGUGGUGGAGCGGGAGCAGAGCGAGACGUUCCUGGAGUCGCUGCUCAACACGUGCCAGCAGUGGUACCACGACCGCGACAAGCUCCUCGGUACGAUAGUGGGCGGCGGGCGGCCGCGUUUGAUGGCGUUCCUCUCGUUCCUGCUGGAGAUGUACUGCCAGCUGCGGCGGCGCGCCAUCCAGCGGCGCGGUAACAGCGCGCCCGGACACGUGCUGCUGGCGCUCAUCUGCAAGUGCUGCGAGGACUGCAUCCGCCAGCCGGUGCCUUCGCCCAGCGAUACGGAAAACCUGUUCUUCGUGCUGACGUACAUCGGGCGCGACCUGGAGACGCAGCUGCCCGGCGACCUGGAGCGCCUGCUGUCGGCCGUGCGCGACGCGUUCAUCAACACGGCGGCGGCGCCCUCCAUCCGGCGCACGCUGCUGCAGCUCAUCGAGCUGCACGCGUCGCGCUGGCAGCUGCCCGGCUGCGCGGUGCUGUACUAUUACCCCUCCACCAAGUAGUGCUUGCUUAAUACACGAACUGACUCCACAUUCUUGGAGUUGUAUCCUCAAUUUAUCGCAAAGUCAUUAUUGUGGGCGUAUUUCAAUACAUACAGAAAAUAACUCGUCAUCAACCCAUAUUCGGCUCACUGAUGAGCUCGUUCCUCUCAGAAUGAGAGGGGUAAGGCCAAUAGUCCACCACACUGGCCCAAUGCGGAUUGGCAGAUUUCACACACGCAGAGAAUUAAGAUAAUUCUCUGAUAUGCAGGUUUCCUUACGAUGUUUUCCUUCACCGUUUGAGACACGUGUUAUUUAAUUUCUUAAAAUGCACACAACUGAAAGGUUGGAGGUGCAUCUCCGGAAUCGGAGGCAGAGGUCAUAUCCACUGGGCUAUCACGGCUCUUACACGGCUCGGAAAGUAACUCACUCAUCAUUAAUGUAAUCAUUAAUGAUGAGUCAAUUAUUUUAGGGUUAUAUCCUAGAUUUCCUCUCAUUAGAUUAGGUAUUAUGUUUUAAAUUUUUCAAAUCAGCGCGAAAUUGGAUGACUGUACCACUUUUGUGAUUAUUGACGAUUCUCUAACUUUGGGGAUCACUAUAAAGAUGUAAAAUAUUUCUAGGAAUGAGAGACUGUUCGUGUAUAUACUGAUAAGGAAAUUUAUUUAAAAGAAAAGAAUAUAAUGAUCUAAUGCAUCUGCAUAUACUGUAAUUUAAUUAUUAUUUGUUAGUUACAAAGAUAAUUUUCAUCAGUUGUUUAUUUAUUCCUACAGACAUGGUUGUGUAGGAAGUAACUAUACUUAGUAUAGUGAUGUAAAAUUUAUAAGUUCCUACGUACACGCAUUGCAAUACAAAUAUUCAUGGCAGUUCUUAUCAUAAAUCGAACGUGCUCUAAGGUCAUCAAUGCUCUUAUUUAUACAGGGUGCUCGGGAGUAUUUCCCAUAGCUUCAAGGUAUUAACGAGACUACUUAUAGUGAACGAACUGCAUAACUUAUAUUUUAUUAACUACAAAAAAUAUAUAUGUUUUCAUACAAAGUAAUUCAAAUAAUACCGACUAUUUAUGUAAAACACUCCUUAGGUAACAAAGCGACAACGUUGCUUUUUAAAAUAUAAAUACGUCACUAUUAUAGGUAUGCUUAAAUACACAUUUUAAAAUCUAUUUACAAAAUCAAUAUUAUUUACUCUGAAAAAAUUAUUACAUUUUAGAACACAUGUUUCUUGAACAUUUUGAAUACAUUUUUGUUGAAGAAUAUAACCCUAGAGUUAUGGGAAAUACUCCCGAGCACCCUGUAUAUACAAAAGUUUAUGUGAAUACAAAUGUAUAUGUAUAUUAGCGGUUAAGAAGUAUAUAAAAGAGAACGACACCAAAUCUAGAAAAUCACUGAUGCUUUUCCCACAUAUUAUGAUAGGGACUGCCACGAGCUUUUGAGUUUCUUUUUAGUCACUUGCUAUCUUAUAUUUAUUGUGGGAUAGCCACGGAGCUAUUGUAUAGUCUGUAUCGUUUCAUUAUUUGAUGCAAUAGUUAGGUAGUAAGGAGGAGGGGGGUGUUUUAAUCGUUAUUACCACAGAUUAAUAGAUACUACCAUUGGCGUAUCUAGGAUUAUUUCCUAGGGUGGGCCUGGCCCCUGACAUCAAGUCUAUUUAUUAGUAUCCUAAUAGAAUUCCAUAUUGAUAGGCCAGAAUUCUAGGGUGGGCUCGGCCCACCCGGCCGCAUAUACGCAUAAGGAUACUACGUAUCUUACAUUACAGGUGGUCUUAAUGUAUUAAGUAUGAAGAGCUUAGUGUUUUCCAGUGGCGUAACAGAUGGGCUUUUUAGAACCUCUGUGUUUUUAAAAUUUAGGAGAAAAUGGUCAUAGGGAUGUCUCUUCCCUUGACCUUGAGGUAUCCUUGUGUUGACUUUUAAUAAUCCUAUAAAUUUUAUGUCACUGAUAGUACCUAUACAAAGGUUUCAAGCAUUUCUGUGUGUUGGUUUUGUACCGUUUUUUUCUGUUGUGUAUUAUUGUGAUCUUAUUAAUGUUAUAUUAUAUGUUAUGGUCAACCCACAUGGUGGCGCGUCUCAACGCAUUUCACUGUCAAUGAGUCGCAAAGCUGAAUUGGUCAGGGCACUUAAGUAGUUUAAGGAGCCUAAGGAUGUCUCAAUGUCUCAAUCGCAAUGUUGAUUGGCCCCCCACUAAGACUGACGACAUUAAAUCGCUGUCUUAUCGCUGGCGGCUUAGGACCUUUGUGUUUAGAAUUCUUUACAAAAGGCCUAUUAGGUGUUUCAGAUGUAGAUUUCCAUCUUAUUGUGAUAUGAUGAUGAUGACAUGUUUAUGCCAACGCAUAGCGAUAAUUGCUAAAGUACGACUUUGGUGAAAGUGAUGCGUUGCAGUGCGUACCCAUGUGCGUUGAAGUCAAAUAUUACGAUUUAUUAAGGUAAUAGUUGCUAUGGCAACUAUAGAUAGAAGUAAGCAUGGGAACUAUAGAUGUAGCUCCUAGCUUGUGAGCUGGGAGCUCAUAGCUGGCGAAGCGCACACUGCGGUUUUUUUUAAUAAUCUCAAGUUAUAUAAUCUCGUGUCAGCGAAAAAUCGGAGUGCGCGCGUGCUUCUUCGUGCCUUAAAUAGAGGGAGAAUAAAGUUUAAGUACACUAAAUUAGGUAGGUAUAUAACCUUUUAGGUACAGCGUCUAACAUGCCAGCUCGUACACUUGUUCUGUCUAUGGGACUGGAUUUCUGUGCUCUAUUUUUUACACCUGACACUUUAAAUCUGUCAUUAUCUAUGGAUAACGUCGCUAUUUGACAGAUACAAAUUUGACAGAUUUAAGUGACGUGACUGUCACGCUAAUUUAUCAGUUGGGCACAUUAGGUUACACCAUUGCAGCUUACACUUUGCAGACUAGCUGUAGUCAGAAUGUGUGUAGACUGUAGAUACAAGAAUAGAUUUAAUGUUUACCUAAUUUAAGGUUUAUUUUUAACAAUGAGCGAUAUUAUGCCUAAAAGUAUUAAAGAAAAUUACGUGUAAAAUAAUUAGUUGACAAAUUAACUGUGCACAUUACUCUGCGACUCUCGCGCAUAGUAUUUGGUGCACUGUAUUUGGUCCUUUGUCGUGUAGUUACUAACUCUAGAUAUUUUUUGCCAUUUUUAUAACACCAAUACUAAUUCUGUUGUAAAUAAAAUUAACUGACAGGACUGAAAUUCUGCCGCCUUUUCACAUACUCUGUUGAAAAGGAAGACACUAUGCUGAGUGUUGCCAGUUAAACAUUUAUGGACAACUGAUGUAGCACUUUACCUUACGUUCCCUAUUUAGUAGAUGUAUUUUUAUUUCUUCUAAUAAUCUUAAAUGUAAACGUGAUAUAAAAAGUAUGCUGAUAGUUUUAAUGCAUUUGUGCAUAUUUUUAUGCAGAAAAUGGUUGUCAACAUGUGACAUUAUUUUUUGCCAUACAACUAUGCACUAAAUACUCGUAAUAUAAUGGGCUACCAGCUCUUAAAGCUGUCAGCGAUUCUUUGAUGUGUCACCUAUAAUACCUUUGCUUCUUUUUGGUAAUUAUGUUAGUGAAGUACGUUUACUGUAGAAAUAUAUUGCUUUGUUAAAAAAAGCUUAUGUUGUAGUCGGGCUAGUCCCUAGAUGUAUGCGAAAAACGCGCGUUUAUUAACACACUAUGUAAAUCGCAUCAUCUGGACUAGUUCUAAAAACUAUUAAGCGUUUUACACAUUUAGUACUAGGUGAAUACUUAAAGAAUUUAUUUAUAAAAUGAAAAAAAAAUACUCUAGGGCGCCAUCUCCACGAGUGAAAAUAUAUAUCUACUAAAGGCAACAGUAUCCAUGUGGCACCUAAUACUUUAUUUGCCUGUGACUAAACUAAAGACUGAAGUGAAGUCAGUCUCUUGUAAGCAUCGUAUAGAGAGCCCUAGUUAAUAAAACUGUCGCUGUAAAAUUACUCGUGUAUAUGGCGCCUUAGAAAUAAAGAAGUUUGACUGAAGUUUGCGGAAUUAUGUAUAAAUAUGCUUGUGAUAUUUUUUUAAGUUUUUCUAAAUCUUUCUGUCCUAACCAAAGACUGCAUCCGUUUGAAUAUUUUACUUUUCUUGCGCACACACUGGCUUAACGAAAGCCAUCAGAUGUAACGUUGAAAGUUUUCUAUUUAGAAAAAUAGUUGUUCUGUAUUUCUUUACAAAGAUCUAGAUAUACAGGUACUUGUGUAGUUUCACAGAAAAAAUACUGAUGCGUGAUGAAUUGAUGAAUACAUGCAAAAAAAUGGGAAGUUCCGUGCAAAUUGGCAACUGGCAACACUAACCAUAAAGUAGGUAUUAAGUAGGUACAGAGCUAAUCUGUCACAGAGUACAUUGUGCAAUAUGCAUACCUACAUAUUUACCUACUGAAAUCUGUAAACUCUAUUCGUUGAACUGGUGUGUAUGCAAAAUAAAAAACUUUGAUAUUGUUGAAGCUGGACCAAAUCGUCUUGAGCAUCGUUUUAAACACAUAUUGUAAGUGUUCAAUGAAAGUGACGUGCUUAGCGCAAUUUGACAUUUGAAUUGAAUUCGAAAAAUUUACGUGACGUCGCGUGUCACGUUUGUAUCUUAAAAACUUCAGCAGGGAUGUCUGUGCAAUUGCACAGUUUAACUGUUUAGGUUUUAGAACAUUUCCGUGUAUGUAAUUUGUCAAUGAUAAGUAAUUUAAUUUAAUUUUGGUGUUACUUAGAUUAUUAUUUCGUGUGAUCAAUGUAUCAAAAUAAAACUAAUUGUAAUUUUUAAGCUUUAGUUUUGUAUUAAACAAUAAUAAAAGACCAGUCUUCAAUAUUUUAUCAAAUUAAUGCAUUCAUAAUGAUAAUAAUAAAAAGUAGGUUGUAAUAAUGUUUGUAGGAAAAUGGAAAAUAAUAAAAAAAUGGUGCUAACAAGAAUUAAUAUAAAACAUUUGUUUUAAUGAUUUGUAAUAAAAAAAUAUAGUAAAUACAUAUAUUAUUAUAAUUAUUAUACCUACCUAAAUGAAACAGUAAUUGGCUACGGUCAAUGAAGUUAUAUUGUAAAACAGAGCCUGUAUAUCUCUACAUAUGCAAAAACCAAUAAAGUAUAAAAUAUAUAAUG